AUGGGUUUGCUGCAACUAGGUACCGCUCUUGAAUGGCCUGAGGCGAAGAAGAAUGCCGAUAAAGUCCGAAAAUGGGGCAUAGAGGUUGAAUACCUUGUCGUAGCGUUUGACGACGACCACCGGAAGGUCCGACUGUCCCUCGCUCAAGCAGAUAUCCUCAAGUCACUUGCUCGGGAUGCGGCUUUGCAUAAAGUUGGUGGAGAUGUGUCAGAAAUCAAAUCAAAGCAUGAGGAAGAGGCAAUACCAACAUUUCACCCUGAGUUCGGAAGGUUCAUGCUAGAAGCCACACCGGGGCGGCCAUGGGGAAUAACCUUGCAAGACCUCUUAAAGGUCGAGUCAAAUAUGCGCUGGAGGAGAGAAAUUGCGAAAGGGCAUAUGGCCGAGAACGAAUAUCCUAUUACUUUCACGACGUUUCCCCGUCUUGGAGGCAAAGAAGACUAUAUCCAGCCCUAUUAUCCUCCUUCUGGUCCUGCGCUGCGGUCUCAAUUCGUUCCCGAUGAGAUCGCCAAUCCUCAUAUUAGGUUUCCCACAUUGGCCGCCAAUAUUAGGUCUCGACGGGGUCGCAAAGUUGAGAUUAAUGUGCCCGUUUUUCAUGAUAAAAACACCCCAUGGCCAUUCCACGACCCCACUGUAAACUAUGAACUGCACAACUGGCCUGAAGAUGACGAUGUGAGAAACGGAGCCGCCAAAGAAGGUCAUGUAUACAUGGAUGCAAUGGCCUUCGGCAUGGGAAGUUGUUGCUUGCAGAUAACGUUUCAGUCCAAAAAUAUCACCGAAGGCAGGAAGCUAUAUGACCAGCUAAGUCCUCUAGGACCAAUCCUAUUGGCCCUUACAGCCGCGACGCCUAUAUACAAGGGAUUUCUAGUGGAUACCGAUGUGCGAUGGAACCAAAUAAGCCGGUCUGUUGAUUGCAGGACACCAGAAGAACUCGGUGAAAAGCCUCUCAAGAAUGACCGUUGGAGAAUUCCGAAAUCGCGCUAUGCAUCAAAUUCCACGUAUAUCUCGCAGGAUCGUCGAUUACGAAAAGAGUAUUUAGAUCCUGAUCUUGUCAUUGAUGAAGACAUCAAGAAGCGAUUGAUUGAUGGGGGUAUGGAUGACCUGUUGGCUACGCAUUUUGCGCAUCUUUUUAUUCGUGACCCUAUCGUUAUUUUCUCCGAAGACUUGAAAGAAUUGGACCUUACCGAGGUGAAUCAUUUCGAGAACCUGCAAUCCACCAAUUGGCAACAUAUGAGAUUCAAACCUCCUCCGCCCGAUAAAGAUAUUGGGUGGCGAGUGGAAUUCCGAUCGAUGGAGAUCCAGAUGACCGAUUUCGAAAACGCUGCUUUCAGUAUCUUUAUCGUGCUCGUUACCCGAGCGAUUCUCAGCUUUGACUUGAAUUUUUAUAUCCCAAUACAGCGGACCACCGAGAACAUGGAAACGGCGCAUGCUCGCAAUGCAGUCAUGGAAAAGAAAUUCUAUUUCAGAAAAGAUCCCUUCCCACUUCGAACACCACGGCAAUUGCACCAGCAGACCAGUGGAACUGAAGCAUCCUCUGCCUCUGCCUCUUCUUCCGCGACACCCAGUGCUCCUCCUUCGCCACCGUUGGGACCCGUCGACUCCGAGUAUGCAUUGAUGAGCAUAUCGGACAUUAUAAACGGAUCCGCAGACGGCACGUUCCCAGGGCUCAUACCAUUAGUGGAAUCGUAUUUGAACAGCGUCAACGUCGAUGUAGAGACGCGGUGUGCGUUGGCACGCUAUCUAGAUUUGAUCAGGAAGCGAGCUGACGGUAGACUCUGGACUGGAGCGAAGUGGAUUCGUGAUUUCGUCGCAAACCACGCAGACUAUCGUGGUGACAGCGUUGUAUCAGAGGGAAUAACGUACGAUCUGAUCAAAGCUGCUCAGGCUAUGGCAGAACAGGAAGGAAAGGCAGGGGGUGUGGGAUGGCAAAUGUUAACAGGAAAUAAAAUAAUAUAG